GCUCUUAAUUUGUAUUCUGCUUAGAUCUCAAGACUUUUGACCCUGUCAGACAUCUGCAGAUUUCUCACACACUUCUUUGGCCUAGAGUUCCCACAGAGGAUACAAGGAUCAGUCUGACUGAAUGCUGGGAAUCUCUUGAUGCUGGGUCUGGGCGUGACACCCCAACUACUGAUGUGAGAGCUAUAUACCUCCAUCUUUCUGAGCGGCAGUUAAUAGCUGUCCCCCAGCUCCCCGCGAGGCCGGCCGCAGCAUGGCCACUCCCAGGCGGUUUCCGACGCUCGUGCAGCUGGAGCGGCGAGAAGGGACGCUGUUCGAGGUGCUCGGUAACCUCACCAAGCAGCCCUACUGGUUCCACUUCGAGUACCUGAAGAGUCCAAAAGCAGUUCACCUGGAGGCAUGGCUGGUGGAAGCGAUCUUCGGUGCGUGGGCCGGAGAGGGGCAGCCGAUGUGGCCUCCUUCCUACUCCUCCCGCAGGCUGGCCACGUACCCGGGCAAGCCUGUCCUGUGCCCCUGGCCCCAGCCCAGGCCCCUCCCCGCCCCCACCUCUUCCCGCCGCCCUCCCCUCCCAAGUCCCCCACCUCGAGGCCUCUUUGUUUCCUGCGCAGGCCCAGGCGGAGAGCACAUCCCGCACGUCGAGUGGGUGUCGCAGACCCUGCUUCACGUUAAUCAGUGGGACCCGGAGGGCGAGGCUGAGAUCCUGAUAUUCGGUCGGCCUGAUCACCAGAAGGAUGUAUCCAAGAUGAUCAUGAACUUGGCUGACUAUCACCGCCACCUCCGGGCACCAACCCCUACAGGUGACUCCGUUUGUGGAAAGAGUUUGGGGACACAGGUGCGGUCUCCUUACCUUCUUCCAGGCUCAAAGAAGGCCGUGGUCCAGGAGGCCGGGAACCAGCGGCCCCCUGACGCCGUCCGCGACGCGGCGACCCAGCCCUCCCCGGGGGCCGUCCGGGAGGCGGCCACGCAGCCCUCCCCGGGGGCCGUCCGGGAGGCGGCGACCCAGCGCUCCCCGGGGGCCGUCCGGGAGGCGGCCACGCAGCCCUCCCCGGGGGCCGUCCGGGAGGCGGCCACGCAGCGCUCUCCGGGGGCCGUCCGGGAGGCGGCGACCCAGCCCUCCCCGGGGGCCGUCCGGGAGGCGGCCACGCAGCCCUCCCCGGGGGCCGUCCGGGAGGCGGCCACGCAGCGCUCUCCGGGAGCCGUCCGGGAGGCGGCGACCCAGCCCUCCCCGGGGGCCGUCCGGGAGGCGGCCACGCAGCCCUCCCCGGGGGCCGUCCGGGAGGCGGCGACUCAGCCCUCCCCGGGGGCCGUCCGGGAGGCGGCCACGCAGCGCUCCCCGGGGGCCGUCCGGGAGGCGGCGACCCAGUACUCGCCUGGCGCCACCCAGGGCCGGGUUACCCGCUUAUGAAGGCAUUUUGGGCCCGGGGCAAGGGAGAGGCAAAGUUAGAGAGGAAGCCCCUAUCUGGAGCCCUAUUCUUCUAGGUCCUGCUCCUGCUGCAGAAGCGGGGGAAAGCAUGGUGUGGGCUGUUCUCGGUCCCCCACUGCAUGUUAAAUGUCUGCAAAUACGAAUAGAAAGAGUCCUAAUAAAGAACUGUAAAGAAUCGGAUUUCCUUAACGUCUGUUCAUUGGCAGGUAGAAGGGGAGGGAGAGGCACGUUCCUUUAGCAGGCAAUAUCUGCUGCAGGCUGACUUCUACCCAGAGGCAGGUGAGAUCUCUCGGAUUUCCGGCUGAUCCGAGGCCGCCCUUUUCCCCCCAGGGCAGGUGCUUCCCUUGUGCAUUUUAACCGCGCGCAUCUCGCUCCGCCAGGUGAGAGCUCUCCGCCCGUCUGGAAACCUCUCCAAGCCUGCGGUGUUUCUCCUCAAGGUGAUGUGGGAUGCGAACAGUUGGUUCCGAGGGGGAAGCUGGGAGAAAGAGCCAGGACUGCCCUGCUGUCGUCCUCGAGUCUCGCCCGGGUCACGGCCUCCAGUGAGGUUUGACACGGGAGAGACAGCAGCGCUGGCGCCUCUUCCCUUAGUCACCGCAGCAGCGGGGAGCAGGCGCGGGCGGCGGGCCAGCCCUCUCUGUCCCUUUUUUUAAAUUGAAAUAUAUUUGAUA